CACGUUCUCCCAUCACUAUUUUUGUGGAUAUUUUGCGAAUUGAUUUCUAUUUACAAUGGUGGGCUCCAAUUUUGGCAUUAUUUACCACAACAGCGCUGGUGGUGCCAGUGGACAGGGAAACCACGGACAAUCCUCCGGAGCAGCAGGCAUAGGUGGCGGCGAUCGUGAGCGGAACACGCCGGCCUCGCAUCUCAGCGAUUUCAUGUCGCAACUGGAGGAUUAUACUCCGCUGAUUCCGGAUGCGGUCACCUCGCACUAUCUGAAUAUGGGCGGAUUCCAGUCGGAUGACAAGCGCAUCGUCCGGUUGAUCAGUUUGGCUGCCCAGAAGUACAUGUCCGACAUUAUCGACGAUGCACUGCAGCAUUCCAAGGCACGGACCCAUAUGCAAACCACCAACACGCCCGGCGGUUCCAAGGCCAAGGAUCGCAAGUUCACCCUAACUAUGGAGGAUCUGCAGCCUGCUCUGGCCGACUACGGGAUCAAUGUUAGGAAAAUGGACUAUAGUCAGUAAUUAGAGGCUUACUAACGCCUGUUGUAUGUUUGUUGUAGUACUUAUCUUCUCAUUAAAUAGAGCUUGUCUUAAAUCAUAA